CAGAAAAAUUAACCAACUUCCAGAAGCAGAAAGAAAUCUACUUGAACAUGGAUCAACAUAUGUUGGGCCUAAUGCUGCUCUCCGGGGCCUAAAGCCGUCUUUUCCCACGCAUCUUAUAUGUGACACAGGCUCGUAUAGCUGCUGGUUUACCAAUGGUAGUGAUCCCAUUUUUGACAGCGAGCGUAUCUUACAAAAGUUUUGUAAGUUUACCAUUGAGUACAGGUGAUUUGCAUUGUGAAACCUGUACCAUCACACGAGGUGGACUGACUGGGCUUGUUUGUGGUGGUCUGUACCCUGUUUUCUUGGCUACUCCUGUGAAUGGUGGCCUAGCAGCCAGCUGUGCCUCAGCCCUGCUACCAGAGAGAGGACACAUCUUAACCCACUGGAUGAGAAUGUCUCGACCUAUCUUUAGAAAGAUGUUAUUUCCCAUAUUGCUCCAGGCUGGGUAUUCAGCAUACCUUAGUUCUAGGCAAUAUAAACUGCUUAUAAGGGCUUUUCAAUUACCUGAACCUGGCCUAAAAAUUCAGCGAUUGUUAAGCAAAUGUGUACACAAAAAUAAAACUGUAAGAAUAAAAAGAGAAAAGAAAAAAAGGAAGUACUGA